GCGUGCGUGCGUGGUGCUGCGUGCGCGGCGCCGCGGGGAGCUGCGCGCGGCCCGGCGGGGACCCGGAUCGGCGGCGCGGCUGGGGCGCGGCAGCGAGCGGCGAAGCAGGAGCAGCUGGAGCUGGGCCCGGGAUUCCCGGGGGCCCACGGCCGCCAUCACGGAUUUCCUGUGGGACAAACGCACCGGGCUGGCUGCGAGGACGAUGCCUCACUCUAGAAGGUACCGCUCGUCGGAGCGCAGCAGCCGCGGCAGCUUCCACGAGCGCUACAGGAGCCGCAAGCACAAGAGGCGGCGGACGCGGUCGCGGUCGAGCAGCAGCGAACGUGACCGUCGGCACCGUCGGGAAGACAGUUACCACGUGCGAUCCAGGAGCUACGACGACCACUCAGCAGACCGGAGGGCCUAUGACCGGCGUUACUGUGACAGCUACAGGCGGAACGAGUACAGCCGUGAGCGCGGGGAAGCCUACUAUGAUCCUGAGUACCACCAUUCCUACGAGUACCGGCGUUCCCGGGACCGCGAGGGCAGCUACCGGAGCUGCAAAAGCAGCCGGCGUAAGCACAGGCGGAGGCGGCGCCGCAGCCGGUCCUUUAGUCGCUCCUCAUCGCAGCGGAGUCGACAGAGCAGCAGAAGGGCCAAGAGUGUGGAGGACGACGACGAGGGGCAUCUGAUCUAUCGCGUCGGCGACUGGCUACAAGAAAGAUAUGAGAUUAUUAGCACCUUAGGGGAAGGCACGUUCGGCAGAGUGGUGCAGUGCAUCGAUCACCGGAGGGGUGGUGCACGUGUUGCUCUCAAAAUAAUUAAAAAUGUAGAGAAAUACAAAGAGGCUGCUCGGCUGGAAAUUAACGUGCUGGAGAAAAUCAACGAGAAGGAUCCCGAGACCAUGAAUCUUUGUGUCAGGAUGUUUGACUGGUUUGACUACCAUGGCCACAUGUGCAUCUCCUUCGAACUGCUGGGGCUCAGCACCUUUGAUUUCCUGAAGGACAACAACUACCUGCCUUACCCCAUCCACCAGGUUCGGCGCAUGGCCUACCAGGUGUGCCAGGCUGUGAAAUUUCUGCAUGAUAACAAACUGACUCACACUGACCUCAAGCCAGAGAACAUCCUCUUCGUGAACUCUGACUAUGAACUCUCCUACAACCUAGAAAAGAAGCGGGAUGAGCGGAGCGUGAAGAGCACGGCCAUCAGAGUGGUGGACUUCGGCAGCGCCACAUUCGACCACGAGCAUCACAGCACGAUUGUCUCUACCAGGCACUACCGGGCCCCAGAGGUCAUACUGGAGCUUGGCUGGAGCCAGCCCUGUGAUGUGUGGAGCAUUGGCUGCAUCAUCUUUGAAUAUUAUGUGGGUUUCACCCUGUUUCAGACACAUGACAACCGGGAGCACCUGGCCAUGAUGGAGAGGAUCUUGGGGCCAAUUCCUUCUCGGAUGAUCCGGAAGACGAGGAAACAGAAAUAUUUCUACCAUGGUCGCCUGGACUGGGACGAGAACACUUCUGCUGGCCGCUAUGUUAGGGAGAACUGCAAACCACUGCGGCGGUACCUGACCUCGGAGGCUGAGGACCACCACCGCCUCUUCGACCUCAUUGAGAGCAUGCUGGAGUACGAGCCGUCCAAGCGCAUCACCCUGACCGAGUCCCUCAAGCACCCCUUCUUUGACAUGUUGGAGAUGGAGCCGAGCUCAAAAAUGUGGGACUCUAGCAGAGACAUCAGUCGGUGAUGCCCCAGGUGCCAACCUGCCCUCAGAUUCUAGCCCCCGUGGAGGCCCGUGCGAUUUCUAUUCAGACACUUGGUGCUUUUUUUUUUAUAUACAUGAACCCUCUGGAUACGUUUGUAAAGCUGUUAAUAUGUGAGAUACUGUAAAUAGCUCAUAUUCUAUACAGGCCUCAGCACCACAGGCCUGACCUCCUGCUGUUGCUGCUGCCAUUCCCAUGAGGUGAGAGGGCCUGUGUGUCCAUGUUGUACAUACCUGUGUUCAUGUGUCAAUUUGUCUCCUGCCUUCCUCAGUGUAAAUACUCCAGGACUCACAGCUCUCUGUAGCUUAUCUGUCUCCUUGUAAGUUAUGAAACUGGUGGGACUGCAUGGGAAUUAUUUUUUGGAUCAAUGUCAUAGCCCAUCCCCACACCAGAGUUUUAUAAGAAUUUUGUACAGUCUUUGUGAAAAAUAAAUAUGAAGUGAAUAAAGCA